GGGGCGGACGCAGGCCCCGGCCCGAGCCCCGGCCCCUCCUCGCCGGGCGCUGCCCGCCUGACGCCUCCCUCGGCCGGGCGGCCAUGGCGGCGGGGCGGCGGCGCUGAACGGCGCGGCCAUGGCGGGUCCCGGCGCGGCCCCUCCGCGCCUGGCGCUGGCUCUCGCCGCUCUGGCAGCGCUGGCCGCCGUCAAGUACUACCGGGACGCUGAGGCAGCCCGGCAGCAGGAGCUGGCGCUGAAGUCUUUGGGAAGUGAGGGGCUGUUUCUCUUUUCUUCUCUGGACACAAACAAUGAUCUGUACCUCAGUCCAGAAGAGUUCAAGCCGAUAGCUGAGAAGCUGACAGGGGUUGCUCCCAUCUCAGAAUUUGAAGAGGAGGAGACGUCUGAUACAAGCGGGGAGACAUUGUCCAUCGUGGCUAAAUUCCAGCCUUUGGUCAUGGAAACAAUGACGAAGAGCAAAGACGGUUUCUUGGGAAUUUCUCAUGUUGCUCUGUCUGGGCUGAGGAACUGGACUGCCCCAGCAGCCCCUAUGAGCAUGCUGCUUGCCAGGCAGUUUAAAGCCUUUCUUCCUCCAAAGAAUAAACUGGAUCUUGGGGAUCCGUGGUGGAUAAUUCCUAGUGAAUUGAACAUCUUCACUGGGUAUCUUUCCAACAACAGAUUUUACCCUCCGCCUCCCAAGGGCAAAGAGAUCAUCAUCCACAGGCUCCUGAGCAUGUUCCACCCGCGCCCCUUUGUGAAAACCCGCUUUGCUCCGCAGGGAGCUGUGGCCUGCAUCCAGGCCAUCAGCACCUUCUACUACACCAUCGCGUUCAGGAUCCACGCUGAGUUCCAGCUGAACGAGCCACCACACUUCCCCUUCUGGUUUUCCCCAGCCCAGUUCACAGGUUACAUCAUCCUGUCCAAGGAUUCUUCCCAUGUCCGAGAAUUUAAGCUCUUUGUCCCUAACAGCAGGUCUCUGAACGUUGAUAUGGAGUGGCUGUAUGGAGCAAGUGAAAGCAGCAACAUGGAGGUGGAUAUUGGAUACCUGCCUCAGAUGGAGCUUGAAUCGACUGGGCCUUCGAUCCCCUCUGUGAUCCAUGAUGAGAACGGAAAUGUGAUUGACAGCAGGGAUCCCUCAGGGGAGCCCAUCCACUUUGUGUUUGAAGAGAUAACCUGGCAGCAGGAAAUACCCUGGGAAGAGGCAGCCCAGAAACUGGAAGUGGCCAUGUAUCCAUUUAAGAAGGUCUCCUAUCUUCCCUUCACACAAGCUUUUGAGAGAGCAAAAGCAGAAAAGAAGCUGGUGCACUCGAUCCUGCUGUGGGGUGCCCUGGACGACCAGUCCUGCUGAGGUUCAGGGCGAACUCUCCGGGAGACCGUCCUGGAAAGUUCGCCCAUCCUCAGCCUGUUGAACGAGAGCUUCAUCAGCAGCUGGUCACUGGUGAAGGAGCUGGAAGAGCUGCAGAACAACAGAGAGAAUGAGUUCUACAGCAAGCUGGCUGACCUGCACCUGGAGAAAUACAACUUCCCUGUGGAGAUGAUCAUCUGCCUCCCUAAUGGCACGGUGAUUCACCAUAUUAAUGCCAACUACUUCCUGGACAUUACUUCUAUGAAGCCUGAAGAUGUUGAAAGUAGCAUCUUUAGUUUCUCAGCCAAUUUUGAAGACCCUUCAACUGCAACUUACCUCCAGUUCCUAAAGGAAGGACUGCAAAGAGCAAAGCCAUACUUGCAGACCUAAAACCAAAGGCACCUGAAUGCCCCACAGAGAUGGACAAAGACUUCAGGGAUUUACUCUGAUUACAGAAAUUCUUCCUUGUCUUUAUGCCAGACAUUGAUGUUAAGAUGCAGACCCAGGGCUGGGGCUUUGCUCUGGAUGUUAGUUUGAGGCAGUUUCAAGUGAUACCAGUUUACAUAACCCCCCUUCUGAGGUCAGGCAGACUGUGACAGGAGUGAGAACACUUGAAUCUAUAACCAUUCUCGGUGCAUACUCCUUGGUUUGCCACCCACCCUCAUGUUCUUCCAGCUCCUUUUCAGACUCUGAGGUGAAAGUCAUGUACCAGCUCCACCACGUGUCACCCAGAAAGCCCUGACCUCAGGACUGGACUGUGAGUUGGAUCCUGGAGAGCAGCACUGCCAUUAGACCCAGCCCUUGUGGUGUGAUGGUGCAGAACCCAGCACAGGUGGGAAGCUCCCUGCUGGUAGCCAGUGCCCUCCACACACACCUCCUGUCACGCACCAGCUCUUCACGCCAGCAUUUAUGGACAGCAGUGGCCACCACUGUGUGAUGGGACUGUACUGCUCACGGGUAGAUGUAAAUGCAGGUGGAGCUGGAGCACGGGGCUCCGGCCUCCUCCCAGCACCGUGUGCUAUGGUGGGAGGGUGGUCUUGUUUAUUCAGGUUCUCUGCAUCCAAGGGAGGUGCUGAGGGUGACAGAGUGGAAUGGAGACUAGGGUGUUAGAGGUAUGGUGCAGCUCAGAGGCAUGGAUUCGUCAGGGACUGGAGCAAUAAGACAAGGGGUGAUGGGUUUAAACUAAAACAGGGGAAGUUCAGGUUAGAUAAAAGGAAGAAGUUCUUUACUGUGAGGGUGCUGAGGCCCCGGCACAGUCUGCCCAGAGACGUGAUAAAUGCCCCAUCCCUGGCAGUGUUCAAGGCCAAGCUGGACAGAGCCUUGGUCGACAUGGUCUAGUGUGAGGUGUCCAUGCCCAUGGCAGGGGGUUGGAACUGCUUGAGCUUAAGGUCCUUUCCAACCCAAACCAUUCUAUGAUUAACAGGGGGGAUCAGGGGCCAGAGCCCUGCAGGAUGUGCAUUCCAGGCUGUGGGACACAGCAGUGAGCAGUGCCCAGCCCCACUCCCAGCCCCCAGCUUUGGGAGCUUUGCUCUGCCCGUGUCUCGGAGGGCACUGGCGAAAUGCUCUGUCCGUGUUUGAUUUGAGCUUCCAAGUCCCACUGAAUGAGGACAUUCCCUUCAGGAACUGCCCCAAGAGCACUCACUAGCUCUUUAGAACUGAGCAGUUCUAAACGCCAGCAGUACUCGUGAGAAUUCCAGGAGUUUUCCAAAGAAAUGAUUUGGACAGAAGGCCAUUGUUGCUUACCUGUAACCACCCUGAGCAGUUGCUCCUGCCCUGUACCAAUACCUUCUACAGAGUGAGCAUAAUCUGGAGAAGGAAAGGUUAAAUGAAACAGGUUUCAAAGCCUGUUCCUAUAGAGGUGAGGAGACAAAAGCAUCUUCAGUAGAUGGCUGCAAGCAGCCAUGGCUGGGGAUGCUUUUGAUGCUCUCUUGAAGCACAGUUUUGUUGGACCAAAUCGCACGGGGGGGGGAGAAGCCUUUGGGUGUUUUUUGGGUGGCUUUUUUUAGUUGGUUUUUUGUGCUGGGAGGAGCUCAGGGAUGAGGAUAACUCACCCUGCCUCAGCCCUCCUCUCUGUUUCUGUGACUGCAGAGCCGAGGUGGGCCUCUGAGCUGAACCAGUGUAGCUUCACUAAUUGCUCCAGUGAGAUGAAUUCCCCCCGGGCUGUUUCUCAGUAUCGGCAUUAUAACUAUGCAUUAGCUCUGCACUUUUACCCACUCCAGGGGGCUGCAGCACUGACAGGCUGGGAUCGGGCAGCACUUUCGGCUGCAGACAGUGCCACAGCCCCCAGGCAGCAUUUGAGACCGAGCUCCUGUCCCAAUGGUGGCCUUGUCCUUUGAGAGGACUCUGGCCAAGAGGAGCGAGUGCCUCUGCCCCCCCGGCCCCGCGUCCAUGUGCCCUCCUGGCUUCUACAGAGCUUCUCCUGAGGUCUUGUUGCUGCCCCUUUCCCGGCCUCUCGCUCGGGAGCUCCGGCCCUCGAAGCCGUGUCUGGCGCUUGUGCUCGGGGAAACGGAGGGUCCGUACCGUUUGUUUGCAGGAGGGGCCGGAGGGAGCAGCGGCUGCGCAGCCCGGGAUGGCUCUUGUCUGUCGGGGCUCCGCAGGGCGAGGGGAGCCCGGGCGCUGCGGCGGGCCCCGGGCAGGGGCCGCUGAUCCGCGCCGAGCUUCCCGUCUCUGUGUAACUCGAGCGAGUGUUCCCGGUGGUACCGGCGGAGGAGCCGCUGCCUCCGACCCUGCUGUGCUGUGUGACGCUCUGGCCUGAAACCCGCGGCGGGCCAGGGCCGAUGUUUGCCAGCGAGGGGCGGCGGGCGCGGCGCGGUUCGGUGCCGGUCGGUGCUGUUACUCGUUAAACCCGUCCCACGACCUCGGCCUCCCGCAGUCCAGUCCUUGCUCCGCCGGGCGGGGGGCGUGCGGCGGGGGCGCCGGUCCCGCCCCUCACGGCGGGGCUGCUCCGCCCCGGGGCCCGGUGCAUGCGCGGGCGGCGGCGGCGGCGGCGGAAGCGCGAGGGGCGGCUUCUGUUUCCGGGUGAUGGCGGCGGAGGGGCCGGGAGCGCAGUGAGCCGCGGCGGGAGCGGGGUAAGAUGAGCCCGGCCCGCAGCACCCAGCGCUGAGCCCGCCCCGCGGCCGCCGCCAGCGCCGGAGAUGGCAGCGGACUCCGUAAGUGAAGGGCGGGCGGGCGGGCAGUGGGCGCCGUGUGCGCAGCUCCAGCGGUGAAGGGGCUCGGUGGUGGGCUGAGCGCUAGAGCCGGGUUGGAGUCCAGUGCGGAGCCUUGUGCUGCUGCCUGUGAUCACCGGAUCACUGGUACAGGGGGCACUUCACCACCUGAAUCCGGUUCAGAAGUACCCGGAGAUCCCUCUGUCUGAAAACAUCCCCCACGGCUGUUCCCAUCGGCCGCGGUUCGGAGAGGCAUUGCACAGGCUCAUCACUUUGCUGUCAACAGUCACACAACAGUGCUGGUGGUAUUGAAGAGCAUGUGGAAACGAUCCCCAUCUGGCAGAACAAACCCCAUGGCUCAGCACGCAGCGUUGUCAGGAGAAUCGGGUCAAACCUCCCUUUAAAGCCCUGUCCCAGAGCAACCUUUGAGGUUCUACGUAAUGUCUCGGAGCUCUAUUUAAAUGAUGUCCCUCCAGUCCCCACCUUGGCAGACAUUGUGUGGAUAGCAGCAGAUGAUGAAGAAACAUACGCCAGAGUCAGAAGUGACACUCGCCCGCUGAAGCACAAGUGGAAGCCGAGUCCCUUCACUGUUAUACAGCGAAAUGCUUCAGUCCCCAACCUGAGGAAGCAGGAGGAGAAGCUGCUCGCCUUGAAGAAACCUGGUUUACCAGCACUGAGCCGAACAACAGAGCUCCAGGAUGAGCUGAGUCACCUUCGGAGUCAGAUAGCUAAAAUAGUCGCUGCAGAAUCAGCUUCUGCUUCAUUUACACCAGAUUUACUAUCUCCAGGAAGUUCAAAUGCAUCUUCUCCUUUACCUUGUUUCGGACCCUCUUUCCAGUCUACAACCUCCUUUGUCAUUAGCGACAUCACGGAGGAGGAGGCAGAGCUGGAGAGCCCCGAGCUCCCGUCCGUGUCCCUGCUCUGCUCUGCAGCCUCCGAGUGCUGUAAACCAGAGUCAAAGGACCCCGACGAGGAGGAUUCUGUGUCUCUUUCCAAGGCCAGCAGUUUUGCAGACAUGAUGGGCAUCCUCAAAGACAUUCAUAGGAUGAAACAAAGCAAAGACUUAAACCGAACGUCGCUGAAGGAGGAGGACCCGGCCGUUCUCAUCGCAGAGGUUCUGAGAAGAAAAUUCGCCCUGAAGGAUGAAGAUCUGGCCCUGAAAGAGAAGUGAUGCUCCUGGCAUUAAACUCUGCAAGCGUUACUGCUCCCAAAAUCCUUUCCACAGUAGCUGCCUUCCUAAGGAUGGAGCCUUUUGCCUCUUUUAUUAGUGAGAAAUGGUUUCUGCACUGGACACUGACUUAGGAAAGACCCUUUGGAUUUGGUGUGUUUUCCAUGUAUUGUUUUAUUUAAGAAAAAACUUUUUAAGAAGAUGGAAAUUCUUUUCCAGCUGUAUUUUGAUGUUGAUUAUUGCUGAGGAUCUUCUAGAGUGAAACACAUGCUGCUGGAUGAUGUUCUUCCCACCUACAGUUUUCCUUAGGUUCACAUUAAGCAUUAGCUUAUAACGGCCUCGUUCCAGUAUGACCAGUUACCAUUUCCAGUAUAAAGGAAUGGCAAAGAGCCCGUUCUGUUGCUUGUUCUGAGCAUGGUACAGAGCUACUGAGAAUAAGCUACCCAACACUUCCAGGGCUUCAGUGUUUAGAGGUGGUUGAAUGACAGCAGUAGAAGGUGUCCUCUGGGUACCUGUGUCUGCCCCAUGGCAGGAUGAACCCAUGGGCAGUGAUCAAAGCACUCGGUCCCGCCAAAGGGCCACGAGCUGGUUUUAGGCUGCCCUGGGUAUUUCCAAGUAAGUUACCCCACAGCUGCAUGACAGAAUGGCCUUCAUUUCUUGCCAGUAAUUUAAUGUUUCAUUACUAGUCCUUGUAUUCAGAUAAUGUACUUUAUUUAGCAUUCAGAAGGUCUAUUUAUUGCUAAGAACUGAGCACCCGCCACAAGAGCUGUCCCUGAGGAAGGGGACGAAGGAGCUCGGCAUUGCCUGUGGCUACACUUCUCACUGACUGAAGAGCUUUCCUUCAGCUACACCUCCUCUGCAGUGUUCCUCAUGGCUGUAUUUAAAUGAUGGGGUUUUUUUUCCUUUAUAUAAAAUCGAGCCUUAAUAAGA